CAAGAAAAUGACAACAUCGUAUAAAGGAGGAAAGUGAAAUGACGCCACUUCUGCAGAGGCGCCCUUAUAUAAAGCGAGCUAGAGAUGGUGGAGGAUAUCAGGUUGCAUUUCUUGCUUUGUACAUUUCUUUCUGUGAAAAUUUAGUGCAGAAAGAAACGUACAAAAGAGAAAAUGGCAAGAGAGGGAAAAGUCGUCAGCUGUCACACCUUUGAAGCCUGGAACGAUGAACUCUGCAGAGGAAACGAAGCGAAAAGAUUGAUGGUUGUGAACUUCACUGCUUCAUGGUGCGGUCCCUGUCGAUUGAUGGCUCCAUUAUUUGCAGAGUUUGCAAGGAAGUCACCCAGUGUCAUGUUUCUCAGGGUGGAUGUGGAUGAACUGCCUUCUGUCACCGCAGAUUGGGGCGUAGAGGGAAUGCCAACAUUCAUGUUCUUAAAGGAAGGCAAGAUUUUGGACACUGUUGUUGGGGCCAAGAAAGACUUGCAGCAGCUUCUUGCCAAGCACAUGACGAACACUACUACUACUAACACUACUACUUAUUAUUAGAUUCGACCUCAAAUUGCCCGCACGGGCAACUCAGCUGGUUCCUGGGUGGUGGUAGAUAACCACGGUUUGUUAUUCUUAGAAAACCCAGAAUUCUUACUCCAAAUAAAACUUUUUCCUGGGAUUCCCUGGAUAGUGUUGUUGGUUGAAGAUAAAUGCCCAGUGCAUAUAAAUAUAAUGGAUCAUGUUACUGUUAUUCAU